AUGGCACGUGCACAACGAACAGGCUGGCCCCCCUUGGGGCUGCUGCCGCGGGUGCUCGGUCCCCAGGGACCGAGGCCUCCUCGGCAGCUCUCUCGGAAGCGGAGCCGGCAUCGCUGCCGGAGCAGGCGCGGGGCUGAGUCGAGCCGAACCCAGCCCGGCCCCUCCGCGCCCCCGGCUCUGCUUCAGCCGCCCCGCACUCGGCCCGCCGCCCUCCCCGCCGCCCUUCCCGCCGCCCCAGGACCCGCUCUGGGACCCGCUGCCCCGGCCCCCCGCUCGCCCGUACCUCUCGGCAGCUCGCUGAGGUCGUCCCCCGAGGCCACUCCGCCGCCCUCCUUCUCCGGGCUGCCGCCGAGCAGCGGGGCCGUGGCCGGGACCGGCGCCCCGCUGCCAGCCUUGUGCAGCACCUCGUUGUGCAGCUCGGCCGGGCCCGGCCCGGCCGCCGCCGCCGCCGCCGAGCACACUGCGGGGAGAGGGCACGGUCAGGCGCGGGGCGCUGACCCUGCCCGGGACAGAUUUUCCCGCGUGCCCGUGCCCAGCACCCUCCACCCGGGGCCGUGGCCGCGCUGCCAAUGCCCAGGGCCGGCACCCCUUGUCCCGCGUGCCCGACGUUGGGGCCGCGCUUCCCCUCUCCUCCCCACGCGUAUCCGUACCCGCCGCCAGCAGUGCGUGGAUCAGCACCGCCCGCCCGUCCAUAGCCUGCGGGCACACACGUCCCGUCCCGUCCCGUCCCGUCCCGUCCCGGCUCCGCUCCGCUCGGCCCCGCUCCGGCAGCCGCUCUCCAGCAGCGCGGCCCCGCGGCGGGUAGAAGGCUGCGGGUGGCGGGGCGGGGCGGGGCAAGCUCUCCAGGUGACAGACACCAACUCACAGCCCAGACCAGAGGGGAGCAACCCUGAAGCUCACUCCCAAGCUUUUGGCUGCAACAUCUUCCCCUCCAGUGUGGCUCCAGCAGCCAAGCGAGCUGUUGCUGUCCUGCAGCAGGAAGACUGGGGAGGAGGCACCUGUCCACUGCUCUUUGUUCAGCUCAACCAGCUCCUCAGCACCCCAGCAGGGCCAGUGUGGAGAGAGACAGCCAGGUGGAUAAAAUUCGAGGAGAAGGUGGAGGAAGGGGGGGAGCGCUGGAGUACGCCCCAUGUCCCAGCCCUCCCCCUGCACAGCCUCUUCCAGCUGAGGACAUGCCUGCAGAAAGGGACAAUGCUCCUGGAUCUGGAUGCCUCCACUUUCAAGGAAAUAAUCGAGAAGGUGCUUUCUGAGCAGACCGGGGACGCAGAGCUGCAGCCCGAGCUGGGGGAGCGCCUGGCAGCCCUCCUGCUCUGCCAGCCGCAGCACCAGCCCACCAAGACCCCUCUGCGGCUGCUUACCGAGCUGUGCCGCGCUCCCUGCAGAGGUAGGGACAGGGCCUGCCCUGAGCCCAGAGCCCAGCUCUCUGAAACACCACUGCAGGAGCAGCUGAGAAACCGAUUCAAGAAGAAGGUGCCUUCAGGGACUGAGGCUGCCCACAUUGCCGUCGGUGAAGUGGAGUUUCUGGAGAAGCCUUUUGCUGCCUUCAUCCGCCUCCGGCAAGCGGUGGCCCUGGGCUCUCUGGCCGAAGUUGCUCUCCCCAGCAAGUUCCUCUUCAUCCUGCUUGGUCCCCGAGCCAAAGCCAAAGCCUACCAGGACAUCGGCAGGGCCAUGGCCACGCUGCUGACGGACGAGCUCUUCCAAAGGGUUGCCCGGCGGGCUGAGGACCGAGAGGACCUCAUUGCAGGGAUAGAGGCAUUCCUGGAUGAGCUGACUGUGCUUCCUCCUGGGAAAUGGGACCCCAGUGCCCGAAUUCCUCCGCUGAGCUGUCUGUCAUCUCCGCACAGGAGCAUCCUUUUGACACCACUGGCCCUGGAGAGCUGCAGCCUGAAGCUGUUGUCUCUGGCUCUGCUCUGCCACAGGACAGCUGCACAGCCGCCAGAUCAGCAGCCUCACAGCAAUGGGGAGACGGCAGCAGCUGGGGACAGAGCUGGCUCAGGGCACCUGCGCCUCGGGGAGGAGCUGGAGAGGACAGGCAGGCUUUUCGGGGGGCUGCUGCAGGACAUCCGGCGGAAGGCACCUUGGUACGGCAGCGACUUCCGCGACGCGCUGCACCCGCAGUGCCUCUCGGCCGUGCUCUACAUCUACCUGGCCACAGUCACCAACGCCAUCACCUUUGGGGGCAUGCUGGGUGACGCCACUGACAAUAUGCAGGGGGUGCUGGAGAGUUUCCUGGGCACAGCCUUCACAGGAUCUAUCUUCUGCCUCUUCUCUGGGCAGCCGCUGACCAUCCUGAGCAGCACUGGCCCCAUGCUGGUCUUUGAGCGCCUCCUCUUCUCCUUCAGCCAGGACCACGGCCUGGAGUACCUGGAGUUUCGCCUCUGGAUUGGACUCUGGGUGGCCUUUUUCGGUGUGGUGUUGGUGGCCACGGAGGCCAGCCACCUGGUGCGGUACUUCACCCGCUUCACCGAGGAAGGCUUCUGUGCCCUCAUCAGCUUGAUAUUCAUCUACGACUCCCUGAAGAAGAUGUUGAACCUGGCAGACACCUUCCCCAUCAACUGGCAGUACCGGCUGGACAACAUCACCUCCUACAGCUGCGUCUGCAACUUGUCCAGUGCUGGUCACAGCUCAGCAGGGAACGACACGCUGCUGCCCUCGCCCUUGUACUCCUGGCAGCCUCCCACUGCCCCAGCUGGGCUGAGCAGGACCCAGUGCCUGGCUCAGGGUGGGCAGCUCCUGGGUACCAGCUGCCAGUACGUGCCCGACGUCACCCUCAUCUCCUUCCUGCUCUUUGGGGGCACCUUCUUCUCCUGCACUGCACUCAAGCAUUUCAGGAGCAGCCGCUACUUCCCUGCGCGGGUGCGGAAACUCGUGAGCGACUUCGCUGUCAUCGUGGCCAUCCUUGCCUCCUGCACCAUCGACACCAUCCUGGGCCUGGAGACCCCCAAGCUCCUUGUCCCCAGCGAGCUGAAGCCCACAAACCCAGCACGGGGCUGGAUCGUCUUCCCCUUUGGAGCCAACCCGUGGUGGGUCUGCCUGGUGUCAGCAGUGCCCGCUGUCCUUGUCACCAUCCUCAUUUUCAUGGACCAGCAGAUCACAGCUGUCAUCUUGAACCGCAGAGAGUACAAGCUGCAGAAAGGAGCAGGCUUCCACCUGGAUCUCCUCUGCAUCUCCCUCCUGAUGGUCACCACCUCUGCCACUGGCCUCCCCUGGUACGUCUCGGCCACCGUCAUCUCCCUGGCACACAUGGAGAGCCUGAGGAAAGAGAGCGCAACCUCAGCCCCUGGGGAGCAUCCUGAGUUCCUGGGCAUCAGGGAGCAGAGGCUGACUGGCCUGGCUGUCUUUGUCCUGACCGGGGCUUCCGUCUUCAUGGCACCUGUUCUCAAGCACAUCCCAAUGCCAGUGCUGUAUGGGGUCUUUCUCCACAUGGGGGUGGCAGCGCUGAACAGCAUCCAGCUCACAGGCCGCGUGCAGCUGCUCCUGAUGCCAGCCAAGCACCAGCCUGACCUCACCUACCUCCGCCACGUGCCCCUGCGCCGGGUGCACCUCUUCACCAUCAUCCAGCUGCUGUGCCUGGCCCUGCUCUGGGUUGUCAAGUCCACCGUGGCCGCUAUUAUUUUCCCAUUGAUGCUGCUGGCGCUGGUGGGCAUUCGGAAGGGGCUGGAGUGCAUCUUCUCCCUGCACGACCUGAGCUGGCUGGACAGCCUGCUGCCCGAGUCGGCCGGGAAGGAGGCGGAGGGGAAACUGCCCGGGAAGCUGACAGAGGAGGAAGGCACCGGCGAGGAGGUGGGUGAUGUCCUGGGUGCUCUGCUCUUUCCUGGCUGUCCCCGGGGUCAUCAUGGCGGAGCUGCCCAGCGGGGCCGCGGCUGGGGCCGGGCCGGGAGCGCUGUCGGCCCCAGCCCGUGUCCCCUCUCCUCGCAGUUGGAGCUGAUGCAUCGCCAGGGACCAGAGAUCAACAUCUCCGUCAACUAG